AUGGUGGAUUUCAUGUGUGAAACUAGUUUACUGAGGGAUGCAGAGUCAAGAAGAGAGAAGUUGGAGAGAAGGGAAUUAGAAAAGUCUGAAAAGCAGGGAGGAAUGAUGUGGUGUGGGAAUGAUGUGGUGGUUAAAAUCUGUCGACUUUCUACCAUGCCAGGAAUCACUAUAAGGGAACAUGUGGAUGUUUUAUACAUUUCCAUCGAGAUGGCGAUUGCAUUGGCAUCAGUGCUGGGUAAUGUUUUAGUGGUCAUUGUGGUGAGAAUAAACCGGGCUCUGAGGGACACAACGUUUUGCUUCAUUGUGUCGCUAGCAUUGGCUGAUAUUGCUGUAGGUGCCCUGGUAAUCCCUUUGGCCAUCAUUAUAAGCCUGGGGAUGAAAACGCAGUUCUACACCUGCUUGUUUUUAGCCUGCUUGUUGCUUAUCAUCACCCAGAGCUCUAUUCUUUCUCUCCUGGCUAUAGCCUUUGACAGAUAUUUGAGAGUUAAAAUUCCAACAAGGUACAGUAUAAUAGUCACUCAGCAGAGGGCCUGGGUAGCUGUCUGCAUGUGCUGGCUUAUGUCUACAUUAACUGGUCUAGUGCCAAUGUUUGGAUGGCAUAACAGGGACAAGCUACAGGAGUCUGAUAGAAACUCAACAUCAGAGAACAUUGUGUGCCAGUUCACUGCUGUCAUGAGAAUGGAUUACAUGGUAUACUUCAACUUCUUUGGGUGGGUUGUACUACCUUUGACCAUUAUGAUUGGACUGUAUGCUGAAAUCUUCUACGUGAUUCGAAAACAGCUGAACAAGCGAGCCGAAGCCACUAGCAACUCCAGCAAAUACUAUGACAAGGAGCUGAAGCUGGCAAAAUCCUUAGCCCUCGUGGUCUUCCUAUUUGCCAUGUGUUGGCUGCCCCUCCAUAUAAUGAACUGUGUUAGUUACUUCUGUCCAAAAUGUUACGUGCCCAAGGAGGCCAUGUACAUUGGUAUAUUCAUGUCGCAUGUAAAUUCUGCUGUUAACCCACUGGUGUAUGCUUUCCGGAUCAACCGUUUUCGAGCCACUCUCAUUCAGAUCUGGAGAGGCUGGAUUUUGUGCAAAGGCAGUGAGCAAAGUCCUUGCAAUGCUAGCCCCCCAGCUUGUACUGAAAAGUAAAAAAAAACAGUAGCGUUUUAUUAUACAUGCAUAUAGGAACUGUUUUUAACACACAAAGACAUAUGUUUCUAAAAGUCAACAUACAAUUUCAGGCAAAGUUCAGCUAGAAUUUUCAAAUCUAUUCAAUCCAGAUUGGUAUUGGGAAAAAUGUGUGUGGCCCAUACUCAGACAAUGAGAAGGAUGAAACUAUGAACUAUGG